GGUCGUUACAGUUGGUAUCAGAGCCCAGUGUUUUAGGUCCUGUAGACUGACUUAUGAUGUAAGUCAUUUUGUUUUGAUUUUUACCUCACCCUAUGGCUAUACGGUCCUUCGUCACUCGCCAGGUAUGCCUAAAGCUUUACAAAUAUUAAGAUUAUAAUGUUGCCUGAUUAGAUUAGACUUAGAGUGAGAAUAUUGAGCUCUAGUGGUGAAAAAUUUGUUGGUGAAUUUUAGGAAGAAUGCCGCCACGUAGAGGUGCACGCCGAGGAGGUGGCAGGGGAGGCAGAGGAGCCGGUCGUGGCCAACCGGCGGAGCAACCUGCCGCGCCGCCAGUCAACCCCGACGUACCAGUCAACCCUAAUGCACCGGUCACUCAGGCGGAUCUCGCCGCAAUGGAGCAGCGUUACCAGGCCAUGCUGCAAGCUGCUCUAGCGCCGUUCCUCGCUGCUCAGCAGAACCAGGCCGCCCCUGUUCAGGACCAGCCUGUAGUCCCUCCAGCCCCUGUUCAGGACCAGCCCGUCAUCCCUCCAGCCCCGGUGGAAGCUCAGCCGGUGCCAGUACAACUGUCAGCUGAGGCCAAGCACUUGAGGGAUUUUAGGAAGUACAACCCGAAGACUUUCGACGGAUCCUUGGACAACCCCUUUAGAGCCCAGCUGUGGUUGACAUCCAUAGAGACGAUCUUCAGGUACAUGAAGUGCCCAGAAGACCAGAAGGUGCAGUGUGCAGCUUUCUGUUUGGAGGAUAGGGGGACUGCCUGGUGGGAGACUGCUGAGAGGGCGUUGGGAGGAGAUGCCAGCAAGAUCACAUGGGAGCAAUUCAGGGAGAGCUUUUAUGCUAAGUUCUUCUCUGCCAACGUGAAGCACGCCAAGCUCCAAGAAUUCCUAAACUUGGAGCAAGGCAAACUGAGCGUGGAACAGUAUGAUGCCGAGUUCGACCUGUUGUCCCGUUUUGCCCCUGAUGUGGUAAGGGAUGAGGCCGCCAGGACUGAGAGAUUUGUUAAUGGCCUCAGGUUAGACCUCCAGGGUUUUGUACGAGCUCUUCGGCCAACCACUCAUGCGGAUGCUCUACGCAUAGCACUGGAUCUGAGCCUGCAUGAGAGAGCUGGUCAAUCUAAGGUUGUCGGCACAGGGUCAGCCUCGGGACAGAAGAGGAAGGCGGAGGCGCAGCCCGACGUAAUACCACAGCGGACUCCGAGGUCAGGAGGUGUCUUCCAGAGACACCGUCGGGAGCUGGCAGCAGCUGGGAGAACUUUGAGAGAGCUACCCACUUGUACUACCUGUGGGAAGGUCCAUGGAGGACAAUGUUUAGCUGGGAGUGGAGUCUGCUUCAGGUGCAGGCAGCCGGGGCACACUGCUGAUGCGUGUCCUCGGAAACCCUUAGAGACGACGCCACGUCAGCCUUCUGCUCCCCAGCAGGGGAGAGUCUUUGCCACGAACCGGCAGGAGGCCGAGCGAGCUAGUACGGUGGUGACAGGUAGAGGACGAGGUAAGGGCAAAGGCAAGCUGGCGAGCGACGUGAAGUGACCGUGGCGAGCCAUAGGGGUUUUCCUGCUUCCGCACAUGUUUUACUUUACAGUUAAAUUCAUGUUUCGGCUUUCUGCAUGUUUACUUUGGUUAUUUUUGUAGAUAGGGCCCGCUUAGGGAUUUUAAACUUAACUCGUAUUUCUACAUGUUACCUUAACUAUCUUUCAUAAAUACAUUUGCUAGAUUUCUUUGCA